UAAGAUUCCAUUAAUUUUGUUUUUAGUUUUGUUAUAUAUGUAUUUACAUAAAUUCGUUCUAUUUGAUUCUUCAUUUUAUUGUUGAUAAGAUCGUUUUGAAACCAUGGAUUCUGACCCUCCAGUCAUUGAUAGGCCAGUGGCCUCAAGUGGAAGGAAAACCCUGGCAAUAGUAGUAAUAGGAAUGGCUGGAAGUGGAAAAACAUGUUACGUUAGAAAACUAGUAGAUGUGCUGAAAAGUAACAGAAAGAAGGUUUACGUGAUCAAUUUGGACCCAGCAGUUACAAAGAUUCACUACAAGGCUAACAUAGAUAUCAGGGACUCCAUAAACUACAGACAAAUCAUGAAAAAAUAUCAUUUGGGACCUAAUGGAGCGAUAAUGACAUCAUUAAACAUAUUCGUAACAAGAUUUGAUAAAAUCCUUGAACUGUUGGACAAACGCUCAGAAGUAGUUGAUUACAUAAUAUUGGACACUCCUGGACAAAUAGAAGUGUUCAAUUGGUCAGCAAGUGGAACAAUUAUAUUAGAGUCGUUGUCUUCAUCAUUUCCUACCAUGGUCAAUUAUUUAAUUGAUACCACUCGCUCACAGAAUCCAAUCACCUUCAUGACUAAUAUGAUCUACUCCUGCAGUGUGAUGUACAAGUGCCAGCUUCCCUUUGUAGCCUCAUUUAACAAAAUAGACGUCAAUAGGCACGAAGUAUGCCUAGAAUGGAUGAGUGACUAUGAAAAAUUCUACGAAGCAGUAACACAUGAUGAAACAUACAUGGCGAGCUUAAGCAGAUCCUGUGCUCUAAUGCUCAAUGAAUUCUAUAUGAACAUUAAGUGUUGUGGUAUAAGUUGUAUGACUGGUGAAGGUUUUGAGGACCAUGUUAAGUUAUUAGAUGAAUGUGUAGAGGAAUACAACAGUGUAUAUUUACCUUGGUUGGAAGAGAAGAGAGAACAAGUGAAGAAACAACUUAAGGAAAAAUAAUAUUAUUG